GUUGAACAAGUGCAGUACAAUAGUCCUCGAGUUUCCUUCCUUUUUUUUCUGAAUCAUUUUCAAACGGCCGAGUGCAGUUUUCGUUUCCGACAACUUUUUUUGAAGACGGCUCUGCAGUGUCGCGGCAUGAUGAUGCUUCUACUACCCUCGAAACAUACAUAGAUGGCCAUGCGAAUCUCUAAUUUUAUCCUGAGGGAAAGUUUGGAACGGCAACCUCCUGCCUGUGCCGAAUAGGCGGAACAUCUCUAGAAGUUUAUCCUCCGCAGCCAACGUUCGGUGGUUUUAUUAUUUCCUUUUGCCAUCUACUUUUUCGUGUGUCUGCCUUGAACGAAGAUGGCGCAAGCCCCUUAUCCCGCGGCCCCUUACUUGCCUACCGGCGAAGAAGAGAAGUGGUCUGUGUGGCUGAGUCCACGCCCCGGCAAGUGGCAGGACCUUAUCCGGAGAGCAGUUGCGCUUGAAGAAACGCGAACCAACGAGACCGCCUUGAAAAGGAAUAGAAAAAGCAGAACUCAACACCGACAGCUGCAGGAGCAUCCCGCUGCUCCUCUCCUGUCAACGGUGAAAUGGGGCUUCGUCGACACACUGACGCCAACUUUUCCUCCGAGCGGCCUAAUUUCAACCGCUUCCACUCCAGUAGACCACGAUAAUACUCCACAAGACGACCGCUCGCUUUCGCCGGACAGCUCGCCGUCCCGGCGGAGGAACAAGAACGGGAAUAGGACCAACAAUGGCAUCAAUCGUGUGUGCUUCAUCCUGCAGCAAUCCGAGUUUCUCCCGGUGCUCGAGGAAGCUGGCGGCGGUUGCUGGAUCACGCGCUACCCGGGCAUGGCCGAGAUGUGUGCAAAGGUGAAUAUGGCCCGGUAUUUCCGGCGUCUGGGCGAUCAGCUGCUCGCCUUGGAGCCCGCGCCCCGGGGUCCGUCGGCGCUGAAGAGCAAGAGAAUAGGAAACACGACGAGUGGCACUCUAGAGGCGGCUGUGGCAGGGCGACCAGGCGGAGUCGCAGUCGACGGUGAAACUACGAAUGAAGCUGCAGACGGUAUUGGGGAUGAGGAUGAGGAUCCUGAUCUUUUGUCGGGCGACGAAGACCACGACGCGGAUCAUGUACAGCAAGCUUCCCCGGACGUCGACGCAAGCGCUGCACCUUUUGCAGCAUUCUACAACGAUGACAACGCUGAUGUUCUGAGCGGGGAUAAUCAGAAUCCUAUUGGAGAAGACCUCGAUCAGGAACAGAACGACGAAUCGGAGGAGGACAAUCAGGAAGCGCCCGGAUGGUCAACGAGGAGCCCUCUUGAUGCCACCACAAGUGCUAAUAUGCAAACGACGUUUUACGAGGACGAGGUGAAGAUGAUGGGCGGGACCGCAAGCAACUUCAAGAAGAAGAAAAAGCGCAAGGGCAAGAAGAAAAAGAACAAGGUCCAGAAAGCCGUCGGUUUACUGAAGUCGAUCACGUCUUUUCAGGAACCGUCAGAGAGCAGCUUGCUGGAGCAACCCAGCCAUCUGACGAGCUCUGCAGCGAUGCAACUCGACGCGGCGUUCGGGAUCGUGCGGAACAAUCCGGAACAAAAAGCGGCGAAGCAGAACAAGGUGCGGCUGCCCCCAUUACCGAGUUUGAACCCCAGUCCUACGGAUGUCGAUGUGGCUACGUCUACUUCGGGGAAAACUUCUUCUGUAACGGAAGUAAACGCCGCAGCCACACUGUCACCCGUUAAUCGCGAGGUGAAGAAAAGGCUAUACCAAAAUGAAACUGCGGCAGGAGCGCAGUCCGGACCAAGUGGCACGAAUCUCAUGUCGCGGACGUGUGCGGCCCUGGUCUCGCCAAAGCGAAACCGCUUGCCUCGUCAAGUAGGCGCAGCAGUAGAGGAGGGCGAAAUUCUGACCCAGACAAAAGAUUUCGCUCGUGUUGAUCCAGAAGCUGGGGAUGACUCGACUCAGAAAAUCACGUUCGACGACAACCUGUCUUCUAGUGCAAUGCUUGCGAGAAACAAAACCCCCGUUCUUUUGACGAACUCGAAUUUCCCAACUCGGCCGGGCCAAUACAGCCAGCAGAACACGAAUCCCCUGAACAAGUUGUUUGCGAACUUAACCCGCGACAACUUCCAUGCGAAUAUCAGUACGCCGACAGAGCAGGCGACCAACUAUUUGCGCCGGCCGUUCGUGUUGCACGAGCACAUCCCGAAAACCUGGGUCUACCCCGAAGACCGCCCCUUGGUGGAGAAGUUUUUAGAGGAUAACCCGACGAAAACUUUGAUUUGCAAGCCCGAAGAUUCGUCGCAGGGACAGGGGAUCUUUCUGCUCUCCCGCAUGCGGGAUUUGCAGGUGCGGAGCGUCAGUCGUAGCAACCUGGUGUUGCAAGAAUAUUUGGACAACCCGCUCCUGCUCAACGGCUACAAGUUCGACAUGCGUGUGUACGUGGUGAUGUCGGGGUUCGGCAAGAACUUCAAGAUCUUUGUUGGCCGUGAAGCGCUCUGUCGCUUCUGCACGAAAAAAUACCAGCCGUUCGGCGACCAAUGCGCCAGUGGGAGUACCGCGGGUGCAAAUAAUGUAGUUGGGAACAGCCCAACGCACCGUCUCAUCGACGAACACAGCGACGAGCUAGCGCGGCAUCUGUGCAACUACAGCAUCCAGAAAAAGUGCGACGGCUACGUCCGCGCGGGCGAGCAACCGCAGCAGCCAGUUGGAGUGGUCCCGGCGUCACCGACAGCGGUCGCGACAGAAAACGUCGAUACAGAUGCGGCCCAGGGUAUGGCUGAAGCAAACGAUGGAACAAGCGAUGCGACGCCAGCAGAGGUUGAUGAAAUAAAGCAAGGUCGGACUCAUCUAACCACCGUGCGUACCACGGACGUUCAAAUUUCAGGGGCAGAUGUAAGGGAAAAAGAUGCAGGGGAGCAUCAAGUCGGACACGCUGCUGUAGAACCUCCAAACGACGCCACUGUUCCUGACGAAACACCAGGAACAAAGAGCAACAGCGCUGCGGAGUCCGAAGAUCCGAGCGAAAUAAGUCGAGACAACAUCAUCAAGAGAACAAACAAUGCAAGAACUCCAUUCACCGACCACUUCCCUGAGGCGCCCGAGGGGAGUACGACGGAAGACGAUAAGGUAAACACGGCGUCUUUCUACACACUGACCGAUGACGACCCGGACCGGUACGAUCCGCAUGAAAUCAUGGAAGAGAUCAACAGCUUCCCGGCCAAUGCCCCGCAGAUCCACGAUUUGCACGCGCCUGUCGAUCGACCGCCGAGCCGAAAUGCCUUCGCAGCAAACCCCGGCGCCCGGAAUCGAACCACCACGAUUGCGAUGCAGGAUUUCGCGAAAAAGCAGCGGGACGAGCGUGAGCGGUUGCGGCAAAGGGCGGAAACUGUUGCAGGUGCUGCUGCCUCCACCGCCGCGAACGGCGUCGGCGUGAACCAGCUCGGGAUUGCCGUCAGAAGCCCGAAGGACAAAUGGAAUGCCAAGUUCGGAAAUAUGAACCGCAGCCAGGACAACGAACUGGAGGUGCAGCAGCUGCGAACAAACAACUUCAAGAGCACAUUUUCACCUCCCUCCACUUUGGGAGCAGCGGCAGGUGGCAAUACUACUUCUGCGCUUUCUUGCAACCUGUCUGUCGGAACGGCAUCUCCGUCUCAGGGCGCAACCUCCGACCAGCCACACAAGUGGACGCGAACAGCCAGCGGCAACAUCGUGGCGCGGUCCAGCGAGGCCCGGCAGAACGGUUCGUUUGAGAAACAGGCGUCGUCGACUCUGGCGGACCGGAAAUUCGUCCGCAAGCACGGAACGACUUCUAGUUUGUUCUCGUCCCCGUCCGGUGGAACAAAUAAUUCCUCCUCGAAUUCCUCUUCGCCAACGCAGGUUGGCGUUUUUUGCCUCGACGACCUGAACAAUAAUACCGGGAACGCCCGACAAAGCAAGUGGAAGGCCUCCGAGACCAUCACGGCGGGAAAUGGAAUGAUGGGCGGCUCGCCGGGUGGAGGUGCAACGGCAUCUGGUUCUAGUCCGAAUAGUCUUCAUGGGAAGAACAGAAGCCAGCACAUGAAGCCUGACUAUUCCGGAUGGUUGCGGGAGGUCGAGGCCCUGGAGAAGCAGUGCACCAAGCAGCUGGCCCGCAACGGUCGCGCGGAGAUCGUUGGGGCAGGCAGUAAGCACUCAGGCAUUUACAGUGGGGCGGAACUGCAGCAACAGCGAGGAGGCAUUCAUUUGUUUGCACCGGAAAGAGCGUCUUCAAACGGUGUGUGCAGCUCAACAUCGGAGGAAGAGGUGCAGAUUGAUGACGGCACGGGCGAGGUCGCAGUCGUGCACACGGAUAAAAAAUUCUCCGCUGGUUUGGAAGAAGAAGAUGACGAUCUGAUCGCUACUCCCUGUUCGCCCGUAGUCCAGAAACCGAAAGUAGUUGACGUUGACGUCAAAAAUCAUCAGAGGAAAAAUCUUUGUGGUACAUCAGCAGCUCCAACAUCCGAUAGAAACUGCAAAGUGCCCCCCGCGACAUCAGGAGCUAAGAAACUAGACACGAGCGGCGCUCCCGCUGCAGCAGGAAGUGAUCCUGGUGCCACCAUGUCUUUUGAAGCUCUUUCAAGCGAUCCGCUUGCGUCCAAGCGUCUACUAUCCGUCGUCCUGUCCCAGAUUGAGCAGGAGUUUCCGGACACCUUCAACCGAGAGAAGUUCUAUGAACAGCUGUCCGACAUCUGCGGGCAGUGGGCAGAGGCGGUACACCCGUACUUGCUGGCGACGUACCGCCCUUUUUCGUGUGACAAAAACGCGAAGCAUCGCAGUUUCUACGAAAAGAACGAAGCGCGGUGUGCGCAGCUGCUCGGAUUCGACUUGAUGUUGGAUGCGGACAUGAAGAUGCACCUGCUCGAGGUGAACAGCGGGCCCAGUUUAAACAUGGACGAUGUGAUCCCCGUGGAGUACAGCGAACUCCCGAACGGCGAACCGGACUACCGCUGCUUCUGCGGGGAACACCCGCUGCCCCACCGUCACGUGCCGAGUCCAAUCGACCGAUUUGUCAAGACCAACGUCAUGUCGGGGCUUUUCCAGGUCAUCCGGAGCACCGAGCAGAGUCUUCAGCAGCACGGGAAGGUGGAUAGUAGGCGUGGUGUCUCUACUUCUACUGCGGAAACACAACUACACAGUACGAAUGUGAUGUCGAAAAUAAACAGCCACGGUAGAAAUAAUUCUAGCUACUUGACCAACCACAGACCCGAGCUGUUUCGCAAGGAGCCCUUUAUAGAGAUUGAGCGGGAUUACCGAUUUCGGUCUUUGCUACGGAAAUUUGAGAUGUGGUUCAGCUGCAAGGUCAACAACACCUACGAGGGCAUGAGCCAGAGUGCUUCCUACCAGACCAGCAGUUUCCAGCUCCGCAGGGCGUUUGCGAAGCUGAAAUCACUCGACACGAGCGACCUGGACUUGGAAUACACGAAAAUGAAGCGGGAGUUUGUGCAACCUUACGUGAAAAGCCCGUGGCUCCACGCCCGCUUUGAAAUUCUCGACCUGGUGCCAGUCCUGCAAGCAAUUAAGGCGAAAAAACGAUUUCGCUCGGUCGAGCGGCUGCUCGAGUGCUUGUUGGGCGGAAACAGUGGGCGCGGAAAGUGAAUGUCUGCUCGGUGAUUUGAAUGCUAAUGUACGAUUUAGUUUUUGGAAGCUUUUUCGCGGAACAAUGUAUGAUCCAUGAUGGAGCUUUUCUCUGGUUGGAUGUUUCCCUUUCCUCGUGUGUUUCAGAACGAGUGAAAGUUUGUCCUACUACUAGUCACUCCAUGUAGUUGCAGAAACAAACACGAAACAUCGAGACGGACUUCCGUGUCAGCUACACUGUUU